AAUAGCGGUUGGGUUGUUUUAAACAUAUCAGAAUGACCAAAGAGAAGCGACACCGGAGGAGGCCGUCACCGGAGCGCGAGCCCAACGUUCAGAUAAAGCAGGAGCAACUGAGCCCCGUUAGGCCACAGACAUCCCGCCGCUCGAGGUCGAGAUCCAGCGGCGCCUCGAGUCCACCGAGGCGGCGAGCGAGCAGGUCCCCCGCCCGGCCGAGGGAGCGUUCCCCGGGCAGGAGAGAGACGUCUCCCGUCAGACGAGGCAGCAGAUCUCCCAGAACCAGGCGGAGCCGCUCCCCCCCUCACCGCGGGGCCGACGGCAAAGUAAAGCGGGAGCGGGAGGAGCACCGGGCUGGCGGCGAUGAGCGGCGGCGGCGGCGAGGCGAUCAGCCGGAGGAGAGGCGGAGCAGGUGGGAAUCCGACAGACCGCGGGAGAGUGGGCGAGAACGGCCGAGGGAGCGAGGAGGCGGCGGCGGUGGAGGAGGCGGCGGCGGUGGAGGAGGCGGCGCGUUCGCCUCUCAGCAUGCCGACAGGCAGCAGCACAACGAGCGGCGGCGGGAAAACCGCCAGCGCCGGGAAGAAACCCAAGAACCGCAUCUGGGAGAGCCCGAAGGAGCGGGCGACCCACCUGCAGAGAAAGAGAAGCCCAACUUUAAACUUUCAGGGGCGCUGACCGAGGAUACAAACACAUUCCGGGGGGAGGUGAUCAAGUACAACGAGCCCCCCGAGGCUCGCAUUCCAAAGCGCAGGUGGCGGCUGUACCCUUUCAAGAACGACGAGGCCCUUCCCGUCAUGUACAUUCACAGACAGAGUGCCUAUUUGUUGGGGCGUCAGCGAAAAAUCGCCGACAUCCCCAUUGACCACCCAUCCUGCUCCAAGCAACACGCCGUAUUCCAGUAUCGACUGAUGGCGUUCACGCGAGCAGACGGCACCAGCGGCCGCAGGGUAAGGCCGUACAUCAUCGACCUGGGUUCUGGCAACGGCACCUACCUGAACAAUCAGCGCAUCGAAGGCCAGCGCUACUACGAGCUCAAGGAAAAAGACGUCAUCAAGUUUGGCUUCAGCAGCCGCGAGUACGUCCUCCUGCACGAGUUUUCAGAUACAACCGAGGUGGACGCCAAGGCGGAGGGGGAAGAGGACGACGACGAGGGCCUCGACGAGUGAAUGGCUUCCGUGAGCUGCGUCACCAGAGUUCCUUCACAUGGUCAAACGUCUCCAUCAAACGGAAGGGAGCCGGUAAAUGUGGGACUUUCAUACUAGAACACGGCCGGUUUGUAUACUCUGUAAUUACCGAACGAUUGCUUAAACCUGCCACAACUGUCUCGAAGAAGACUCCCUACUCUCAGGUCGAUUGUGUAACGUCUGUGUGACUCAAAACUUCCGACAUCCGACAGUGCUCACAACACAACGUGCUCUGUGCCAGAUGAAAAACUCGCUAAAUACAAUAGUUAAUUAUAUAUUUUUGGAUUCAGUUCAAAGUCUAGCAGGAGGCCAAUCUUUUGUCCACGUCCCAGCUGUAAAUGUCAACGUACGAUACGUGGAAUGUGAAUCGCAUUAUUGUCUAGAGUAAACCAAUACAGACACACAACCUGUAAUCAUAUUGCCUUUUUUUGCUUUGGUAGUGCCGGGAAAAAAUAGUUGAUGCUGUAAUGUGCUUCCCAUCAACGCUGUAUGUAUUCCCAUUUUUAUUUUUGUUUGUUUGUUCUGAAGACGAAAGCAUUUGUGUACUGUAAAUAAAGACAGUGGGAAUUUGCA